AUGUCUUCUGCCCAGCAACGUCUGUCUCAGGUGGCUUCCCACUUCGGCCCUGGUGGCAAGAAGGGAGUCUCCGCCAUCACGGAGAAGCACCCCGAUGAUAUCGUCGUGACCUGCGCUCUGCGUACGGCUCUUACAAAGGGUGGAAAAGGUGGUUUCAAGGACACCGCUGCCGCUGACUUGCUGGCUGGUGUCUUCAAGGGAGUCAUCGACCGCAGCGGAAUCGACCCCAGCCAGGUCAACGACAUUGCUGUCGGCUCCGUCCUUGCCCCUGGUGGUGGUGCGACGGAAUUCCGUGCUGCCGCCCUGGUGGCGGGCUUCCCCGAGUCUACUGCCGUCAAGAGUUUGAACCGUCAGUGCUCUAGCGGUCUUCAGGCGAUCGUGGAUAUUGCCAAUGCCGUGAAAUCGGGCAUGAUCGAUGUUGGUAUUGGUGCUGGUGUCGAGAGCAUGUCGUCUCAAUACGGCCCCGGUGCCGUGACCGAGUUCUCCGAGCUUCUCGAGGCCCACCCCGAGUCGGCCAACUGCAAGGUUCCCAUGGGUGUUCUGUCCGAGCAGAUGGCUAAGGACCGCAACGUCACCCGUGCAGCCCAGGACUCCUUCGCUGCCUCCUCGUACCAGAAGGCCGUCAAGGCCCAGAAAGCCGGCCUCUUCAACGAGGAGAUCAUCCCUCUGGAAGUUAAGUGGACGGACCCCAAGUCCGGCGAGGAGAAGACCAUCACCGUCAAGGCCGACGACGGCAUCCGUGACGGCAUCACCCCCGAGUCGCUGGGCAAGAUCCGACCCGCAUUCGCCAAGGACGGAUCCAUCCACGCCGGAAACGCCUCCCAGAUCUCCGACGGUGCUGCCGCCGUGCUGCUGAUGAAGCGCUCCACGGCCGAGCGCCUGGGACAGAAGAUCAUCGGCAAGUACGUCGCUGCUAGCGUCGUCGGUGUUAAGCCCCUGCUCAUGGGUAUCGGCCCGUGGAAGGCCAUCCCCGUGGCCUUAGAGAAGGCCGGCAUCACCAAGGACGACGUGGACAUUUACGAGAUCAACGAGGCGUUCGCCUCGCAGUGCGUCUGGUGCAUCAACGAGCUGGGUCUGCCACAGGAGAAGAUCAACCCCAAGGGUGGUGCAAUUGCCUUCGGACACCCGCUCGGCUGCACGGGCUCGCGCCAGAUCAGCACGCUGCUGACGGAGCUGAAGCGGACGAACAAGAAGAUCGGCGUCAGCAGCAUGUGCGUGGGCACAGGUAUGGGUAUGGCGGCCGUUUGGGUUGCGGAGUAA